UUAAAACUCUGGCCCAAUUGUGAUGUAAAUGCUGUGUGACCCUUGGCCGAAAUGGGCAAUGCCCCUACUUGCCCGCGCAGCCACCACCAAACCCAGCACGGGUUAAGUCAUCGCUGCACCCCGCGCCUGGCCUGCACCUGGCGGUGAGUCGCAGCCCCGCCUGUCGGGGGCGCUCCGGGUUUCUGCGCGGAGCCCAGGAUGCCAGACUCCUUUUCAUGGGAGCCGCCUCCUGCGCCCCCAUCGGGCAGCUGGGGGUCUGCGCGACCCAUAGCGCGAGCCCUCCAACUCCCCGCUCGCCGCCGCGCUAAGUGUCUGGGCGGCGCGAGGUUCCCUGGCGGGAGGAACGGGUUCUGUGAGGUCAGCGCGUCGCGGCCCGGGUCACAAUGCAGCCCUCCCCCUCGGCACCCGGGCCCGGACGCGCCGCAGACACCUGCCCGGCUCCGCCUGGACCGGAGCGUCCUCCCGCGGCCAGGGCUCGGGCAGCUGCUUCCAGCCUGGGACCGGCCUCGGCCUCCGGCAGAGCGCCCAGGGGCCUGGACAUGAGUGCUCAGGAGCCCCCGCAGGGUCGGAGAUUCCCAAUUGAGGCCGGAGACUCCCCUGGCCUUGCCGCCGCCCCCGAGUCCCAGGACAGCCCGGAGCCGGUAGCUACGGAGCACAACCCGGUCAGGCCGCUUCGACGCUGCCCGGGCUGCCACUGCCUGACGCUGCUGCACGUGCCCAUCGACGUCUACCUGGCCAUGGGCGGGAGCCCCCGGGCCCGCGCCACCUGAGUGCGCCUGCGCACGGCGGCACCGCUGGAGCCGGGAGGGGACGAGGCCCGCCGCGGGCCACCACGCUGAGGUCGCGCGCGCCGAGCACGAGACAAUGAUGCACAUUUUAAAAUAAAAGAAUGAUGCACAUUUUAAUAAAGCACAGCAUAAACUGUUCUUU